GUGUUUCCUGUCAGUGUUUGUAAACUGAGAAAAAAUUGGAAGUGCGACAAGAAUUAAUAAUCUUCAACACUCUGAAAAUCGAAAGGCUUUGGCCCCUGAUGAUUUGGGUGGGUGUCUGUCACCCCUCAUCCUGAGUGAAGCCCCCUCUGUCUCCCCAAACACGCACGCAUUCAAACCACGGCGAUGACACACCAUUCCAACAGUUCUGUUCGAGACCAUAUGAAAUGGGCUGGGUUGCUGGGUUGCGAGGCGGUGCUGUCCAGCAUGGCCCUGAUGCAAGCCAACAACAUCCCAGGCCAGAAGAAGAUGAUGUCAGCCUUGGGUCAGGGGCACAGGGCCAGCCCUGAGAGCCACCAAACACACUCGCAGCACAGCCACAACCACCAUGGGCACCAGAUUCAUCAUGGACAACCCCACCACAGCCACAUGGGCCAUCCUUCAACUGGGAGCUGUCCACCUCUGCUAAUCCGAAAAGAUGGGGAUUAUCACUCAUCAAGGAUGAUUGAUGGGAAAGACAUGCAGGCAAACCAGAACAUGCAGCCCAAGAAGAAACACAAAAAAUCUGGAUCAUCCAACAAAGUAAAAGUGGAGCAUUUACUUCCACAAAUUGAUAUGGACGACGACAGCUCCUUAAAAGUCCAGAAGAACUUCAUCUGUGAUCAUUGCUAUGGAGCUUUCAGGAGCAGUUACCACCUCAAGCGACAUAUUCUUACACAUACAGGGGAAAAGCCAUUUGCCUGUGACGCGUGCGACAUGCGGUUCAUUCAGCGUUACCACCUGGACAGACACAAGAGGGUGCACAGCGGAGAAAAACCAUACCAGUGUGAUCGCUGUCAUCAGAACUUUUCACGGACGGACAGGCUGCUGAGACACCGACGACUUUGUACAGUUGGGAUGAGCAAAGAGGAAAGCCAGUACUCCCAGGAUGCAUCUGGCCACCCAGCUUCCUGGAGCCCCUUACAGCCUUCGAACACCCGUCUGACUGUCUGACCCUCAGCUUCCUAUAGAGACCCAACAAACAGCAGCAGCCUGCAGCUCAGUAACGCCACACACUGGAGUUAUGACCUGAACAGAGCCUAGCCCAAACACAACCAAACUUUAGUUUGCUCUUGCCAGCUCAUUCAUAGAGCUUGAUAGUGGAUUUCUGUGCUUUUUUAACCUACUGUUACAUUCAUGAAACAGACAAAUGGGGAUGGACUAGUUUACAAUCUUGGACAACAGGUCAUGGUGUUAUGGCAAUAACUGAACUGGAAAAAUACACACAUCUCCUGUUUUUUGAAAGGUUGCAAGUAUUUUUUGGUAUCGCUGACCAGAGAUUACAAGUAUUUUUUGAUUGCCUGGACAGCCAGUUCAUUGUGCAGCAGCUCUCCGAUUUCCUUUUGACCUGCAAUCAACCCCAUCUCAAGCUAUUGUUACACACGGACAUUUCACCAAAGGACACCUACACAAAAUCAUGUAGCAUAUUAGUGUAACGUCCGCCUCGUUUUGUGUUUCUUAUGCUACUAAUCAUGUACCAGCUACUGCUGAUAAGCCGAAGGUCGCAGCCAGCUUGCGGCGUGUGUGCCGCCUCAACGACAUAAUCAUCCAUUUCUUAAACACUGUAGGUAAAUUUAAUGUAUUUUUGAAAGACGCUGAUCUGAAAGUGGGUCUUUGCAGCUUUGUUCAUUUUUACUUCGUAUACAAGAUUGCCUUUUUUUUUUUUUUCCAACACACAAGUCUUAAAUUGAUUGUAACAAUUUCUUAUCUGCUAUUCGUCCUGCUGCUGCGACGACACGUGCAGCCCUGUUGCUGAUGUGUAGAAAUCGACUGAAAAACACUAAGGGUUAACUAGAUGCUCCUUAAAUGUUAAUUUUUCAACUAAUGCUGGUAGUUGUGUAGCGACUGUUGGCACACACAUUCACAGUUUUCACCUUGUUUUAAAGGGGUUUAGUCCUGACUGUUGAUACAGUGGAAGGCUGACAGGGGUUUUUUUAGGAGCCCAGGUUUUUUGAAACUCUUAAACAUCAAACUUUUUCCUAAUAUCAUAUGGGUGUAAGAAUCACCAGUCCAUUGGAAAAAUUUCCUGAAGUGCUUCUGUGAAAAGACCCUCCAUAAACAUCCACUGUGUUUACGGUCUCUUAUCCUAGAAACUACAGUAUUGUUUGUUUGUUUUUAUUUCCUGUUCUGUGAUCAUAGAUUCUUCUGACUGAUUUUCAUCCCUUCAAAAGUGUUUUUUGGUCAAAUAUCUGAAAUCCUUAGGUUUACGUGAAGGUUACUGAAAUUUCAUUUAUCUGUGAAACCUUUCAGAAGUCUGUUUCCAAGUCACUGGAUCAGACUUCUCCUUGGGCUAUUUUUUUUUUUUUGUCACUGGAGGUACUUUAGAAAUGUUCUUGACUCUUGACAUGUUUCAUUCAGUCCUUGUUUAAGAAUUAAUUCUCCAGAAAAAAGGAAAACAAAUUGGCUCGUCCGCAGAUUUAAAGUGCAGACCUCUGUCUUUGCCUGACUGAACGUGAUCUGAAUCCAGUGCCAUGUCGUUUCAUCUCAAGUUUAACCUUGGACAUCUUCAGUGAAGAUGACUAAUCGGACUUUGUGGAAAGGGAACUACAAGGUCUGCGAGGUCUUUUGUAUUAUGAUAAAUGGCAGCACACUAAGUUCAGGUCUGUACGUGGUUAAAUUAGUCUGUAACCACUGGACUGAAGAUGUUAGUUCAGUUGUAGAAGAACACAUGAGUUUUAACAGUUAUUUAGACUGAAAUGUUUCAAAGUAGACAUGUAGUUCAGUUCUGUGCUGUCAGACUUUUAGAUUAUGUGAGAGGAGUUUGGGGCCCAUCACUGUCUACUGUUCAUGAAGUUAAUAUAUAUUUAAGUUGUACUAGGGGUAGAAAAUAGUGCGUAUGGGACCUGAACUCCAAUGGCAAAUCAGAGUUUUUACAAAGCUGUAAUCCUUAGUCUGAUCAUUUGUUAUGACAGCUGAAGAGGCCACAGUAAGUCAUUGUUCAACUUACUGUGAGGAGAAAAGUCAAACUCUCCACUCUUGCCCUUUUAGUAUAGCAGCCAUGAUUAGUUAGGAUGUUCAUUUUUUUCUUUUUUUUUUAAUUUGCAUGUCUUUGUUGGAGGAUCUUGUAUGCGUUUUGUUUUGUUAAAAACAGAUUUUUUUUUAAUGUAAGCCCCAACAAUUUUGUCAUGUCAGGAGUAAAGUGAAGUCAGUGUUGACUCAGUCACACUGGACUAAAUGGAGUUUAAGGGCCCCAAGUCACAAUAAAGGUGUUGAUUUUUAAA